GGAGCUGCUCCCCGCGAAAUAAAUUGCGAGUGGUACAAUUGGAGGAGUCGGGUACGAAACUGUCCUUUCGUGUUUCCUGUGAAGGACAGUUAACAGUCGCAGCUUUUUUUAAAAAACUCCGGCGAAACCUUUCCAGAACGUAAACCGGGGGGAUAUUUCUGUGGAGGUAACAUGGCUGGGAAAAAGGAGAGCGACGGCGGAUGGAGGAAAUUUCUAUGGAAUUCAGAGAAGAGAGAGUUUCUAGGACGAACAGGGGGCAGUUGGCUUAAAAUCUUCCUGUUCUACGUGAUUUUCUACGGAUGCUUGGCUGCGAUCUUCAUCGGGACCAUUCAGGCUCUGCUGCUGACGAUACACGAGUUCAAGCCCACCCACCAGGACAGAGUGGCUCCCCCAGGUCUGUCACACACGCCCCGCUCCGACAAAUCUGAAAUCUCUUUCCAGAUGAGCGUCCCGGCCUCGUACGAGAGGUACACCGCUAGCAUGAAGGCGUUUCUCAAGCCAUACAGCAAAGAGGAGCAGGACAAAGAUUCGAAUUAUGAAGAUUGCAGUGAGUCCCCCAAGACAUACACAGACCGUGGCAAACUCGAGGACGAUCACGGAGUGAGGAAAAGUUGCUAUUUCUACAGAAGCCAUCUUGGAAGCUGCUCCGGGGAAACCGACGAGAGUUUCGGCUUCAGUGAGGGAAAGCCGUGCCUCAUCGUCAAGCUCAACAGGAUCGUCAAUUUCAGACCAAAGCCUCCUACCAACAACAGCACCCUUCCGGAUGGCCUGAAAGGCAAAACCUUUGAAAACUACAUCCCCAUUCACUGCAAGAACAGGAGGGAAGAAGACGAAAGCAAGAUUGGAGAGAUCAAGUACUUCGGGCUCGGGGGGCUCGCCGGUUUCCCCCUCCAGUAUUACCCCUACUACGGCAAGCGGCUGCAUCCCAAUUACCUGCAGCCUCUGGUGGCCAUCCAGUUCACCAACCUCACCUUGAAGGAGGAGCUCCGCAUCGAGUGCAAAGUUUACGGCGAUAACAUCGACUACAACGAGAAGGACCGCUAUCAGGGACGCUUUGACGUUAAGUUCACCGUGAACUCGUGACCCCAGGCACGAUGAGCGCACAAAAAAAAACAACGUAGAAAGAUAUUCAAGAGUUCAGAUUGAAAAAAAAACAAACAAAAACACACAAAAAACAACCACCACUAGUCUUUGAACAUUCAUUAUUUACAGGACCUACACUUAAUCCGUGUGCUUUACACUAGCUUCUCUCGUGUUUUCUGUCCAGUUAGAAUGUAAAAUACUCAAAAAGUGGAAAAAAAAAGAGGUAGCAAUAGCAAAUAUUUAUUCUACUGUAAAUGGGGGGGAGGGUAAAAAAGAAAAAUAGAGAAAAAAAAGAAAUAAUCCUCGAGCCAUGGGAUGUUCAUCGAUUACUGUAAAACUGCAGUUUCACUACUGAUGUGUAGCGAGUUGUGUCUCUGUCCCCCCAUUGGUGUUUCAUCCUCACGUGGUCUCUAUAUAUUUUUGAAGUGUCCAGAGUUUGUAGGCUAGCCCCGUCGUGAUCUCCUCUGUCUUAUGUCUGCUUUAGUGGUCCAAGGUGUGUGUGCGCGCAUGGGUGUGUGCGCGCGCGUGUGCGCUCGCUCGCUUGCUCGUGUCCGUGCAGGCGUCUGUAGUUUAUGUGAGUGCGUGGAGUGUUUGUCAAUGUGCUCAGACUAACUGAAAUACUAGCAUGGUACCCUGAACCUUGAAGACCCAUGUGUUGAGUAAAGAUGACUGCGCUCCAUCUUUUUUGGUUUUAUGCAUUUCCUUAUUCAAGUUCGCCGUAGAAUAUGUUUGCUCACUUUUUUUUUUCCCUCCUCCGCUUCACAUUUAGUUUUUUUUUUUUUAGACGACAGUUCUGUUUGAUGCUCUUAACAUCAGUUCAUUCUUAAUAGUGUAAAAGCUUUGUGGGUCCAGCCUAAGAAGACUGUCACCUCCAUGGAAACCGUGGCAACUCAGUGCUUUUGAAAUCUGCUUUGCUGGAGACGUCACGUUCCGUGAUGUAACUUACUAUUGAAUGUUUUUAGCCAUUUUCAUAAUGGAAGAAUUUUAUAUUUAUGCAGUUGUAAAUUUUUUUUCUUUUCUUUUUUUUUUUUUUCUUUCCUUUUUUCAACGUGUGAUGUUUAUGAAUCCAAUACCAAAGUUGCUGGUCUAAAAAGUUUGAGAAAAUCAGAGGCAAAUGCAGUAUCAUGUGUAAUAAAGAUGUUGUAGUGGGUGUGAAAAAAAAAAACAAUACUUAAUUCAAUGUUUGAGAUCAAAAACACACAUCAGGAGUCUGAUCUUGUCACUUUAUUUAAUCUGCAUAAAGCUGAAACAAUAAACGGAAAAUUGAGACAACA